UAUUAAGCCCUCCGUCUCUCUCCCUGAGUACACGCAAGGAGCCGGCACUACUAAGGCUGGGCUGGGCUGGCUGGCUCUGCGCACUCACAACAUGAGAGCCGACCAAAGCAUGGAUGAGCGAGCAUUCUCUGUAUUGUGCUCUGCGGCCACCAAAAAAAGAGACGAAAUGAGACCAGAGCCCCAAACUUACCAAAGGGCGAACAGCAAAAUGGCUCCCCCCAUAAUAAAUAACCUGCCCUCCCAUCACCACCGUCGUCACCUUCCAUCCUCAUUCCUCACCUCCAUCUCCCAUCCCCCUACCAUCGCCGUCGCCAUCGCCAUCGCCAUUCCUCACCCUGCACCCAAACCACCAGCCCGCACCAUCAUCGUCGCCUGUUCGCCCACGCCUGUCUGGCCUCCUCCUGUCGCCCAGCACCCUCUCUCUGUUCCUCUGCUGCACCGCCCAGCCCCGGCCCAACCGAGGCGUCCUGGGCUGCCACCUCGCCUCCGGCCAGGACAAGACAAUAAAUCCCCCCCCCCCCCUUCUCCCCCUUGCGCUCAACAGGCAGCGGGAAGUCGGCGGAUCGCUUAGAUCAUCGCACCGGGCUAGCUUGAUGACCUGACCCGACCGAACUCAAAUCCCCAAAUAUAAAGGUGCACAAGCAUUCCCACCAAGUUUUGCCUCCGGCUGCCAAAACCCUCCCUGCUACCUGUU